AUGAAUAAUGGAAAUGAGAAUGAAAUGGCGAAAGAGGAAAUCGGGGGUAACAUAAAAGAGUGUAUAGAUGGUAAAUUACAAAAUAAAUAUUAUAAAAUUAUAAAAAAAAAAUAUAGGUUAAAUAUAUGGAAUGGUUAUAAAGUGAAAAAUAGAAAAAGUGAAUGGGAAAGAGAUAGAACAAAAGGGGGGAUAAAAAAACAUAAUAAACAAAAAGAAUAUAAAUAUUAUACAAGUAUAGGGUUGUUUUUAAAAAAGUUAAUUGAUGAUAUAUUCGAAUUAAUUAAAGAAAAUUAUGUACAUAUAAAUAGCUAUUUAAAAGAUGUCCUUCCCAAUAUUAAUAUAAAAUAUAUUCUAUAUGUUUUUUUUAUAUAUUUUUUGAUAAAUAUAAUUUUAUUUAUUUGUUUAUUAUUUAUUUAUUUCUUUUUGUAUUUUCAUAUAAUUCCACAAAAUAAAUAUGUACAUAAAAUAGACUUCUCUUUGGCACGUGAUCCUAUUGAUACUUAUUUAAACAUAGAAGAUUUUUGCAACCAAAAAAAUAAAAUUAAUGAAAACACUUUUCACCUGAACAGUCAGGAAAAAAAAUGCUUAAAAGAUUUAAAUUUUUUUUUUAAUUAUGAAAAUGUAAGUGAAAUAAAUAAUAAUAAAGACAAGUGUUGUUUUUCUAAAAAUUUAAAUAAUAGGAUGAAUAAUGAUUUUUCUUUCUUUUUUAAUAAAAAUUUUAAUGAAGAAAUAAAAAAAAGAAAAGAUAAUUUCGAAAAAAAUAAUGAAGAUAUGUUAUUUUAUUUUUAUGAAAAGGAUGUAGAAUAUAAAUAUUUAGAAAGCAACAUAUUAAAAGGUGAAGUUAAUUUUGACAAUAUUAUAAAAAAAGAUAAUGAAAUACAGAAUAAUAAUAAAUUUUAUAAUUAUUUUAUUUCAUUUUUUAUAAAAAAAAAUAAUUAUAAUAAAUUAAAAAUAAAAAAAGGAUAUAAAAUUGAUAUAUUAUUAAAUUUUUCUUAUAUAAAUAAUAAUUAUAAUGACAAAUUAAAUUUUUUACAAAUAGACACACAAGUAUAUAAUUAUGACAAUAAAUUAAUAUUAAAAAAUAAAAAAAUGCAUAUGAAAAAUAAAAACUAUGAUCUUAUAAAUAAAUUACAUUUAAUUUUGAAUUCACCUUUUUAUUUUUUUAAUUUAUUUAUUUAUAAUAAAAUAAAAUUAUCUUUAAUAAAUGAACAUAAAUAUAAUGACCCAUUUAAAAAAAUAAAAAUAUAUAUUUUCCCAGCAAUACAAAUAAUUGAUGCCAAUAUUGUUGUAUUAGUUUAUUCUAAUUUUUAUUAUUAUUACAUUUAUAAGCAUCCUAUUCUUUUUUUAUAUAUCAUUUUUUUAUUAUUUUUUAUUUUCAUUUUUUUUAAUACCAUUUUAUUUUUAUUUGGAGCUGUAUAUUAUUAUAUGUACAAUAAUUGA